GUUCUUUGUCUCAUAACAUUUCUCUUUCGUCCAGCGUUGAUAUUUAAGAGCCUCUACCUCCUUUUUUUUUUUUUUGUUCCCCGUCCCUUUUCUAUCCUUUUCACCUAUCUUUCCCCCUAUCAUCGUCCUUUCUCCUUCUCUGCUUUUUUCCUUUUCUAUUUGCCUCCCUCUUCUCUCCUUUUGAGUCUUCUUAUCUUGCUAGAACCACUGUCCGACAAGACUAAGAAAUGAUUAGUUACUCGAAUAUACUAUAUGUAUACCUUAGGUUACCUACUAUAUUUUACAAAUACAAAUAUAAUACAUUCCUUAUAGGUACUUUCAACUUUCAUGAGACUACUGAAGCUUUUUCUUCUUUCUGUCUUUUUUUUUUCUCUCUUUUUUCCUUAUUUAUUCUUAUUUUUUUAUCUUUCCUAUUCUUUCCCCCCACCUCUUGUUUUCCAUCUUUGUAUUUUCUCUUUUAUCUUUCUCAUUUUCUUCUAUCUUUCUCUUUUCUUUAUCUUUAUCGUUAUCGUUUUUCUAUUUUAAAGAUAAAAACCCUUUUUCUAUUUCUCUUAUCUUUAUGUUUAUGUUUAUGUUUAUGUUUAUCCUUAUGUUGACGUUUAAAUCUUCGUGAUAGAUACAUAAUUGCUUCUCAAUGUGGCACACGCAGGAUAUAUAGUGUAGUUUCAACGUAUAUG